CCCUAACUCCGACGGAGAUACUGCUAGACUAGGAAAAUGCAGGAUUUCUAGUAAGGAGUAGUACUAAUAUUUUGCAUUCAGUUUCUGACUUACUGCGAACAAGUGAAGCUAGAUUUCUGCAAUUCAAGUUGUCAAAGCUAAGAAUUCAGUCCUUCCUUAAUCUGCAUCGCCAUCAGCUCUUUCAGCAAAAUAUUAAGGUCUUCUUCCAACACAAAGAGCCUAAGUUGUUAUAGUACUUUUUUCAUUGUAUUUACGGUGAGGCGUGUCUUGACUGUCCCCAAUGGCAACCCUGUUCACAAGCCCUGGUUUCAUGCGUGUAUCUCAGCUCAGCACCACCCACCCAGCUCGCCUCCUCCUCUACUACACCACAAGCACCACCACCACCACCACCAAAACCCCCACAAUUCACCCAGCAAAAUCUUCAACCCCAUUCACUACCAUCUUCUGCUCCGCCACCCGCCACACAUACCACCCUGCAUACAUCUCAAACCAGAUUCCAGACCCCCAAUAUGUUCGUGUGUUUGACACCACCCUCCGUGACGGCGAGCAGUCCCCCGGUGCCUCCAUGACCAGCAAGGAAAAGCUCGACGUUGCCCGACAGCUGGCAAAGCUCGGGGUCGACAUAAUCGAGGCAGGAUUUCCUGCCGCUUCCAACGACGACCUGGAGGCUGUCAAAAUGAUCGCGAAGGAGGUGGGUAACGAGGUGGACGAGAAUGGGUAUGUGCCUGUUAUUUGCGGACUGGCGCGGUGCAAUAAGAGGGAUAUAGACGCGUCUUGGGAGGCCGUGAAGCAUGCCAAGAGGCCGCGGAUCCACACGUUUAUUGCGACAAGUGAGAUUCACAUGAAGCACAAGCUGAAGAAGACCAAGGAGGAGGUGAUCGAGAUGGCAAGGAGUAUGGUGAGUUACGCGAGGAGUUUGGGUUGUGAUGAUGUUGAGUUCAGUCCUGAAGAUGCUGGAAGAUCUGACAGGGAGUUUCUUUAUCAGAUUUUGGCUGAAGUUAUCAAUGCUGGGGCUACCACUCUCAAUAUCCCUGAUACUGUUGGGUAUACUAUGCCGAAUGAGUUUGGACAAUUGAUUGCUGAUAUAAGAGCCAACACCAAAGGAAUUGAAAAUGUAAUUGUUUCCACUCACUGCCAAAAUGAUCUUGGGCUUUCUACUGCCAACACAUUAGCGGGGGCUUGUGCAGGUGCAAGACAAGUGGAAGUAACGAUAAACGGCAUUGGUGAAAGAGCGGGUAAUGCUUCAUUGGAGGAGGUCGUUAUGGCCCUGAAAUGUCGUGGUGACCAAGUGUUAGGAGGACUUUAUACAGGGAUCAAUACAGAGCAAAUCAUUAUGUCAAGCAAGAUGGUUGAAGAAUUUAGUGGAUUGCAUGUACAACCACACAAGGCCAUUGUUGGGGCAAAUGCUUUUGCACAUGAAAGUGGUAUCCAUCAGGAUGGGAUGCUUAAACAUAAAAAUACAUAUGAAAUUAUAUCUCCUGAAGAUAUUGGUCUCCACCGAUCUAAUGAGUCUGGCAUUGUCCUUGGAAAGCUCAGCGGACGCCAUGCUUUAAGAUCUCAACUUUUAGAGCUUGGUUAUGACAUUGACAGUAAGGACCUUGAUGAUCUCUUUUGGCGUUUCAAAGCUGUAGCAGAAAAGAAAAAGAGUAUUACUGAUGAUGAUCUGAUAGCACUGGUGUCCGAUGUAGUUUUUCGGCCACAAGUGGUUUGGAAGCUUGGAGAUGUGCAAGUUACCUGUGGAACUCUUGAUCUUCCGAUGGCCACUGUUAGACUCAUUGAUGCUAAUGGGGAAGAGCAUAUUGCAUGUGCAAAUGGAACUGGGCCUGUUGAUUCUGCUUAUAAGGCUAUUGAUCACAUUGUUAAGGAACGUGUAAUCCUUCUCGAGUACUCCUUGAAUGCUGUAACAAAAGGCAUUGAUGCAAUUGCCACUACACGAGUUCUAAUUCGUGGGGAGAACAACCAUACAUCUACACACUCCAGUGGAGAAACUUCCCAUCGUACAUUUAGUGGAACUGAGGCAGAAAUGGAUAUAGUUGUCUCCAGCGUCCGAGCUUACAUUAAUGCUUUAAACAAGAUGUUAGGUUUCCAGAACCAAACCGAAGCAAUGGUAAAUACCAGAAAUUCUCGGGUUUCAGCUUGAAGUGAGAAGAAAUUGGCAGGGUGUUUUGCAGUGCUACAAGAAGAAGAGGGCUGUAUGAUUCUGAAUUGAUUUUUCUACUGAGUUGAUUUCCCCUUCUCCUGAAUUUGUGAUGUUCAUGUCUUUAUAAGAGUUCUCUAGGGGAGCUUAAGACCUGUUAGGAUGUGUGAUAGACUUUAUAAAAUGUUUUUUCUGUUUACAGUUUACAUUUUACAGAUACAGAACAAGUUACAGACAAUUAA